CGAAAUAGAAGAACUCGACCACUGCUACCCCCCUUCAUGUUAUAGAUCACCAUGUCGGCGUAGAACGAAAACAUAACACAGAACAACCAUUCUGUUCCGACACGGAGUCUUUAAAAUGGCAGGCGAGGAGGAGAGGGGGGUGGUUCGUGUCAAAGUCAAGAAAUGUGACGGGGUGCUUCCUGUGGAGUUUCGCUCCUUUGCUGUUGAUCCUCAGAUAACGUCACUGGAGGUCCUGCAGCACAUACUUAUCAGAGCCUUUGAUUUGAAUGGGAAGCGGAACUUUGGGAUCAGUUACCUGUCUCGAGAUCGGAGUGGUGCUGAAACGUAUACGUCUCUGCUGUCUGACUGGGAUUUGGAUCUUGCAUUUGUCAGUGCAGCCAAACCAUAUCUGCAGCUCAAGAUGGACAUAAAACCUUCAGAAGACAGUCCUGUUAUGGAGGACUGGGACAUCAUAAGCCCUAAAGACGUGAUCGGCUCUGAGCAGCUUCUUGCAGAGAGGACUAAGUCUCUGGCAUCUGCAGCUCUCCCCUUCACCCAGUCUCUACUAUCCCAGGUGGGGCGGACCUUGUCUAGAGUCCAGCAGGCCUUCAGCUGGUCUUAUGGGGAGGAGAUCAAGCCUUUCAAGCCUCCUCUGAGCGAUGCUGAGUUUCACAGUUACCUCAAUGGACAGGGCCAGUUGACACGACCUGAGGAACUCCGACUGCGAAUCUACCAUGGUGGUGUGGAGCCUUCACUGCGCAAGGUUGUUUGGCGAUACCUCUUGAACGUCUACCCUGAUGGACUGAGUGGACAGGAAAGAAUGGACUACAUGAAGAAGAAGACAAGGGAGUAUGACCAGCUGAAGAGUGAGUGGACUGCCCGGGUCAGUCACGAGGACCUUGAAUUUAUCCGUGGAAAUGUUCUCAAAGAUGUCCUGAGGACGGACCGGGCUCAUCCAUAUUACGCAGGCUCAGAAGACAGUCCGCACUUGACUGCCCUGACAGACCUGCUCACGACAUUUGCCAUCACACAUCCCCAGAUAUCAUACUGUCAAGGCAUGAGUGAUAUUGCCUCCCCUAUACUUGCAGUAAUGGACAAUGAGGCACAUGCCUUCAUUUGCUUUUGUGGCAUUAUGAAGCGUUUGGAGGGGAAUUUCCGGCCCGAUGGGCAGCUCAUGUCCAUUAAGUUCCAGCAUCUAAAGCUGCUCCUGCAGUACUCUGAUCCCGAGUUCUACUCCUACCUGGUGUCCAGAGGAGCCGACGACCUCUUCUUCUGUUACCGCUGGCUGCUUCUGGAGCUCAAGCGAGAAUUUGCGUUUGACGAUGCUUUGAGGAUGCUUGAGGUUACCUGGAGCUCCCUGCCCCCGGAUCCUCCUGAAACCGAAGUGGAGCUUCUUGGACCACCGCUGGAGACAGAUGAAACAAUGACCCGCAGAGACAAAGACAAGACAGUUGAGAACUGCCUUGAAGAUGAUAAGGAACAAAAAGAGAAGCAGCGUAGGCGACAUAUGCUGAGGCCUUCGAGAGAAGAACCAGAUGUGAGCAGGAAUGCUGUCAUAGAAGAAAAAGACAGGCAAAAUGCUGGUGCUGGAAAUGGAAGUGAGGCCAGUGAUUAUGAUAGUCAUCAAGUGAGCGUGGAAAAGGCAGAUCUGAAGGUUCCUCCCUUAGAGAGGCAAACUAGUUUUGGAGAUUUUAAAUACUAUACUGCCCGGAAUGAAGAUAGCUUUGAUAUGGAAGAUGCUGAGCAGCCACAGGGUUUGGUGGUUUCAAAGUCAGUACCAAGCAUCGCAAGGCGGCAGUCCACAGUUGACAGUGAGGAGGACCCAGGAGAGAGGACACCUCUCAUAAAAAACUGUGACAAUGGUUUCUCUCCAAUGUCAUCACCUCCCCUCUUUCCUAGUGGCCUACCAAUGUGGAAAACUGGCUCCUCUGUCUCUCCCACAUCUUCGACUUCACCCUCCAGUUGGCCGGGAGCUUCUCCAGAGUCUCCUCCAAAAUCCACACCCGCACCCACAAUGAAUGGAAGAGAGGCCUUACCAAGAACUGUUCCGAAAGUCUUGACUUCCUCUGCCCAAGUGCUCAGCAGCACAGGGAUCAACUCACCCACAACUCCCACUGUAAAAACAUCUGUUGCGUCUCCCUCGCAUACUCAGAAUAGAUCCCUACUCUCCUCACCUAUUUUGUCCUUUGGAAGAGGCCCCUUGCUGUCUGGCAGCAGGUCGUCCUCCAAUAAUCUCCCUUCACCUGGCAACAAAACCCCCAGCACCACAGCUAACACACCCAGUUCUUUGAAAGCUGAGACCACCAGCAUCAAACCGUGUUCCCUGCCGCCUCCUCAAGAGUUCGGCAAAGGCAAUCCCUUCAUGCUGUUCCUGUGCAUGUCCAUCCUGCUGGAGCACCGUGACCACAUCAUCAAGAACAGCUUGGAUUACAAUGAGCUAGCCAUGCACUUUGAUCGCCUUGUGCGGCGCCAUAACCUGAGCAGGGUGCUGCAACGAGCCAAGGCCUUAUUUGCAGACUAUUUGCAGAGUGAAGUGUGGGACUCGGAGGAAGGGGAUGAGGUUAGCUCGGACUCCCCAACAACAGCUAAUGCUGCUCAACACUCCCCUUCUUCAACCAUCUCUGCUCAGCGCAUUUACAGCCCUUUAGCAUCGCCUCAGUCAUCAUCUCCGAACUCAACCUAUAACCUUGCAACCACAAUUCCCUCCCCAACAGCUCAAGUUGCCCUUUCCCCCACUUCCUGAUUCCAUCAUGCAUCAUUUGCUUCCCAUCCUCAGUUGAACUCCUCAGAAGACUGACUGUGGCCCGUUGGAGGUGUCGGUCUUUUUUAGUCAGCCUUCCAAAUUGAAUAGGGCUGUUAAUAAUCUACUCAUUCUGUGUAUGCUUGAAUAUAUAUUUAUAUUCCUUAUGUCAGUAUUCAUUGUAAUGUUUAGUUUUUUCAUCAACCCUUCCAGUUGACGGACGAGUUGUCUGUCCUUGGAAUAGGUGAUGAAAGAGCUUAAUUUUCUCGUUGUGUCCUCUGAGGUUGCUGAUGCAUGACAUGUUGAACCCUGUGAUUCAGGCGUUUGACGGUCAGACAGUAAGACUGUCUGAGUUUUGCCAUAACCAACAAAAGUUUAGCCACUUGGUGCAUUUAGCCUGUGUUGCCCUCUUUACUAACUUUGUUUACAUUCUCAUGUUAUGUCCAAUAAGCCACAAAAGUGUCUUAACUAAAGCACUCAAAUCAGUUCAAAACAAAAGGGAAAAUUCAGACUCAGUUGUUGAAAGUCAAGGUUUAAAUGGCUCCUGUUCAUAAGGAGUUUUACAGAAACAGCUCAACUUGUGAACCAAAAUCUAAAUUAGUCAUAAGAUAAACUGAUGACAAAGCCAGCCCACAUACCUAACCUUCCUGACCCAGCUUGCCACCAUUAACCUGAAAGGGAAAAUCGACAAUACAUUUUUGUAAGGUGGAAAACUGCUGCUGAGGUUCUGUCUAAAAGUGUGUUCAGACAGAACACAAGUUGAAUUUUAGAUGUGGCGCAGUUGCAUACAAAUCUCAGUAAAAGAUGCACAAGGGUUAAAAUACAUGUGAAAAAUUCAUGCAUAUAGAGAUGAGAAGAAAACUGCAGUAAAAAAAACUGAGAAACUGGAGCUCCUGGUGAGCUCCGUUGUUUGCUUUGUCUACGGCCAGAUCACACUUUAAAGGCCAGAUUACACCAGCAUUUAUUACAGUGACAGUUUAGGCCAAAAUCAUUUGGUUUCAAAGGGAUGAGCCGAUUAGCUUUGGAGGAGAGCUUUUACACAGAAUACAUCUCUGGUGAAGUUUGACACAAAUUUGCAAUGUUAACCAAUUCAAACUGUGACUUUCCAUCCGGCUAUGUGUAACUAUGCUCAGCCAGAGAAUAAGCUGGAAUGAAUUUCUGGUAUGACCGGGAAUUGAAGCUUGAAACCCUUCCAGCAUUUGGUCUUCUCACGAUACCCUAGCCUCAUUUGUGACCUCAAGAUUCAAUACCUUACUCUGUAUUUCAGACACAAACGUUCUCUAUACAGAUCUUUGGGGAAAAAUAUAAACAUUUUUUAUCAGCUUGACCACCAGCUAAUAGUAUAUCUUCAGCAUUAUAUUACAGUCUCAUAGAUGUCUGCUGUCCACCUGGAAUUAAUCAACAUAUAUAGAUAAAGCCAGUAUUUCUGGGGUGCCCUGGUAGCCUAGAGGUUAAGAUGCAAACCAUAAAUCAUAAUGUCCCCAUCUCAGGUCCAGCCAGGGACCCAUGUUUCAUGUUUUUCCCCUCUCUCUUUCCCCCGCCUUCCUGUCAGCUCUUUUAUAAUAAAGGCUUAAACUGGCCAAAAACAGUCAGGAAUCCAAGUUUUCCAAGGCCCUGCCCAGGCAUGCCUCAACAAGCACAGCUGAGCAGAGAGCACAGUGCAAGAGUCUGGAAAUAUUGCCUUUAAAAUGUAGGUAUCAUCAUUUUUAUCCCUGGGCAGACUGUAGUCCUUUAUUAUAUCAUGAAGUAGCUUUUACAGAUGUAACAAGCUGCUGGACGAGAUGUUACUUUUCCCAGAGGUUUGGUGAGGUCGAGUAGGAAGCAAAAGAUCACACUUACUCUGGUUCUUUAAAUCUGUUUUAUAAACACAGAGACAAGAGGAAAAAGGAGGGUGGAAGAAAAGUUCAGAGUUAGUCAGAGGCUCAUUCCCACACACUUAAGUUUGAGCGUCUGUUGCUAGCUUACAGCUAAAGUUUGUGCCAUAUGCAUCUUGGCUGUUUGGGGCGAACACACUACAAAAUGGCCCAGCAUUAAAAUUCAUGCAAAUGACUUUAGGACAAAAAAAUUUCCUUUACUUUCUGUCUGAACACAUUUUGAGAAAAUAAUGAUGUCAGAGUGAUGUCAUCAGGGUCAUCUCAGUUUGGGCUUGGAGACUACAACUUUAUAACAGAAACAACCUUGAGGUGCAGUUUGAAAGACGGUGUAACAAAAGUUGCACUGAUCUUACAGCGUGCACAGCUUGUCUGUGGAUUUCUUUAUUUACAAAUGUGAGUGUUACCCUCGAUAUGUCAGAAUAUUUUUCAAAACCUUAAUACACCGUUUACUCAUCCAAACACAUUGUUCUAAAACAUUUUCCUGCCAGAUACAACUUUCAAUUUGUCAUGACAUGAAAUUAAAUCUGAGUAAUGUUUAAUGAGAACAUGGAGGGUGAUGGGUGUAAGGUGUAUGGGGGAAAUGUCACACAUGCAAUAUCUGCUAGAUCAUUACUUUGAGAGUUAAUAUUAUUUAUGUCUUUGUCUCUUUAUAUCUAUGUCGUUUUAUUUCAUACUUGUGAAAAUGUUAAAAAAGGACCUGCAAGGGCAUUACUUCCUUUAUAAUAACAAACUCCUGAGCUAAACUGUUUUACAGCUUUCUGGCUGGAAAUGGAAACUAUAGUGUCGGUGCUCAUAUGUAAAAAAUGAGCUACCAAAAGGAGGAGAUCAAAUAAAUUUCAUCCCCUUUUGGAGAGAGCACCACGGGAGAUAACAUCUGAAGUUUUUAGAAUAAAAACAUCAUGUGCAUCAGUGAAGCCUUCAGCCAAUAAGGACAAAGUUCUGUUGUUCCAGUCGGUGGUUCCCAGUCGGUGCAGCAGGAAAACACUACAGCAGCCUUGCUCUAACAAGGUUUUAAUGUCAUGUGACAUGGUGACGUUCUGCAGCCCCUGCGAAAGUCGGACAAAAUCUCUAACCAGCAUGCAUCAUGUUAAGUCAGCGCUGCGCGACGCUGAAAAGUCAGAUGAUAAAGAGAUCCUAUUGAAUUGCAUCAUGGGAAAUGGAGGAUCCAGUGUUUUGGGAGCCCAACUGAAAUUCACUGAUGCCUCUGCUGCUUCACUUUUCUCCUUACUCCUUUUAGUGCACAAAUUCAAGACACAUUGCUGUUGUGAACCGGUGUUGUGUUGGAUUUUUCCUUUUACUCUUCCAAAGUGCUGUUGCAUCUGGACUUGCUGGCGUAGUGAGACACCCAGAGACCUGGGUCUAAACAGAAUAAUGUUGCAGUGGCCCGUACAUUCCACCACUUUCAGACUGCACUUGUAGAUUACUUAUAAAUUGCUUCAAUCAGCAAAACAAAACUUUCUAAAAGUUUAAUGUUGGUUAAAUGGCUCACUACUUCUGUACCUUACUUCUGUUCUUACCCAAGUGCAGUGUCGGUGAGGUGGAGGGGACGUGUGACUGAUGUAUUCAAAGAUUUUGGGUCAGUGCAAUGAGUAUGUAUCAGUGAUAUGUUCAGAAGGAGGUUUAACAUUGGUUAAACAAUUUUCUUUCUUUUUUUCUUUUACAAUUUUUUGUUUUUCUUGUUUGUUUUUACAGUUUUGAAUGUGACUCAGCCAAUCACAAAGUCUCAAGUCCAACUUUGGUGCAUAGCUAGGGUCUCCAUAGUUACAACAGGACAAACCAGCGGAUCCUUUUUGUAUUGAUGACAUCACAUUGAGUAGAGACAUGUUGUCAUGUAGUUAUGUUAUACUAUGAAGAUAUGUGGAUGCAGUACUGUAGGGAGCAGUUUGGUGUUGAUCUACAUGUACAAAUACCAUUCUGUUGAUACACUGUAUGUGCUGGACUCAUACAUUCAAACUACAACAGUAGUGAAGGAAGUACUGUACAUUAUUUAAUGCUUUGGUGGGUCAUUAUUCAAAGACGCAUCAUUUUAGCACUUUGGUUAUUGCUGUUUCCCAAAGACUGUCUUUUUGCUCUGUUGGUCUGUAUUUUGAUUUCAAUGAAACCACUGAAAUAUAUGUCUAUAUGAGGCUAAUUUAAUGCACAAUUGCAGGUAUCACAUAUGACAGUCUUUGUAUUUGCUUUCUGUGGUUGCUAAAGGUAGAGAAAAAGUAAUAACUGAGUCCUGGCUGUAUAAUAUCUUUACAAUUGGAGUGGAAUAUGAUGUGAUGGCCAUGGCCAAAAAUAUAAGCCUAUGUGCAACCUUUUGGCAGAGAAGUGCCUCACUUGUUUGAAUCAGUAGCCUUGAUUUAUAUUUUCUUUUGUGCUCUUAUGUCUACUUUGUGUCAUCAUACAGACUGAUCUGAAAGCCAGUUUUAGGACUGAGAGAUAUUUGAAUUAAAUAAUUUGAAUGCGUCGUAUCAAUGAUUGCUUUCAUGCAUGGUGUUCACUACAGUAGAAAAGUA